AUGUUGAACAAGAUGACAUUAUAUCCACAGCAGAUGAUGAUAGGUCCUAGGUUCAACAGGGCCCUACUUGACCCCCUUCUAAUUGUUCUAUUGGCUCUUCAGCUUCUUGUGGUUGCUGGUUUGGUUAGGGCACAAACCUGCCCUUCUGUAUGUUCCUGUAGCAACCAGUUCAGCAAAGUGAUUUGCACAAGAAGAAACUUGCGAGAGGUCCCUGAUGGUAUCUCCACUAACACUAAACAUCUGAACCUCCAUGAGAAUCAGAUCCAAAUAAUAAAAGUGGACAGUUUUAAACAUUUACGACACUUAGAGGUUUUACAGUUGAGUCGAAAUCAUAUUAGGACGAUUGAAAUUGGAGCCUUCAAUGGCUUGGCAAACCUAAACACUCUAGAACUCUUUGACAAUCGUCUAACCACCAUCCCUAAUGGAGCUUUUGAAUAUUUGUCCAAAUUGAAAGAGCUUUGGCUGCGAAACAAUCCAAUUGAAAGCAUUCCAUCGUAUGCUUUUAAUCGCAUUCCUUCCUUGCGUAGAUUGGAUUUAGGUGAGAUGAAAAGAUUAUCAUAUGUUUCAGAAGGAGCAUUUGAAGGUCUCUCAAACUUAAAAUAUUUGAACCUUGGGAUGUGCAAUCUAAGAGAAAUACCCAACCUUACCCCUCUUGUAAAACUGGAUGAGUUAGACCUUUCUGGUAAUCAUUUGUCUGUGCUUAGACCAGGAUCAUUUCAAGGAUUAACUCAUCUACAAAAACUUUGGAUUAUGCAUUCCCAAAUUCAAGUGAUUGAAAGAAAUGCAUUUGAUGACCUUCAAUCACUGGUGGAACUCAACUUGGCACACAAUAAUCUAACUAUGCUGCCUCAUGACCUUUUUACACCUCUCCACAAUUUGCAAAGGAUUCAGUUGCACCACAAUCCCUGGAACUGUAACUGUGACAUCCUUUGGCUUAGCUGGUGGCUCAAAGAAAUAGUUACCACUGGCAGCACAUGCUGUGCUCGGUGUAGCACUCCUUCCAGUUUAAAAGGAACUCAUAUUGCAGAGUUAGAUCAGAACUAUUUUACCUGUUAUGCCCCUGUGAUAUUGGAGCCCCCCACCGAUCUUAACGUCACAGAAGGGAUGGCAGCAGAGCUAAAAUGUCGAGCAUCCACUUCAUUGACUUAUGUUAGCUGGAUUACUCCAAAUGGAUCAAUUAUGACUCAUGGGGCUUACAAAGUACGUAUUUCUGUGCUCAAUGAUGGAACGUUAAAUUUUACAAAUGUAACAGUGCGUGACACAGGCUUGUACACGUGCAUAGUGAGUAAUUCUGCGGGGAAUACCACUGCCUCGGCCACACUGAAUGUAACUGCUACUGAUAAUGGUUACACUUAUUUUUCCACUGUCACUGUAGAGACUCUGGAACCAUCUCAGGAUGAGGCAAGGACCACAGAACACAAUGUAGGCCCCACACCAGUCAUCGAUUGGGAAACCACUAAUGUAACCACCUCGCUAAUGCCACAGAGCACAAGGUCCACAGAGAAAACCUUUACCAUCCCUGUAACAGAUGCAAAUAAUGGAAUGCCAGGGAUAGACGAGGUUAUGAAGACCACCAAAAUUAUUAUUGGCUGUUUUGUUGCCAUAACACUUAUGGCAGCAGUGAUGUUGGUUAUUUUCUACAAAAUGCGGAAACAGCAUCAUCGGAAGAACCACCACGCUCCAACACGGACUGUUGAGAUUAUAAAUGUGGAUGAUGAACUUACGGCUGACUCGCCUAUUGAGAGCCACUUGCCCAUGCCUGCAAUAGAACAUGAGCAUUUAAACCACUAUAAUUCUUACAAGUCCCCUUUCAAUCAUACAACAACAGUUAACACUAUAAAUUCAAUUCACAGCUCUGUGCAUGAACCUUUAUUGAUUCGAGCAAACUCGAAAGACAAUGUGCAAGAAACUCAAAUAUGAAAAAAAAUUGACCAUGUGCGCCAGAUAAAAGCAAAAAGAGACAAUUUAUAAAAUGAUGAAAAUGACUGGGCUAAAUCUACUGUUUCCAAUAAAAAAGUGUCUUUACAUAAAAAAAGAAUAAAAAAAAAAACAAAGAAAUUUAUUUAUUAAAAAUUCUAUUGUGAUCUAAAACUACUGAAAUCAUGUGUAUUCCUCAGAAGCUAAUAUUUCUGCACUUGGUUUUCCCAAUUGCCAUAUUUUGAUAGGAAUUAUAUUGUAACCCACAAGAGGACCUGGUUUGGGAUUUUUUUUUUGUAUGGAAUAUGUAACCAUGUGAUGGGAUCUUUAUGGUGAAUUUUAGUGGUUAAACCCAGCGUUUGCUGCCCACUAUUUUUUCCCAUUUCAUUUGUUGUCAUGCUUUGAUUGUCACAUUGUUAUUGCAAAGUCCAUCAGAAUUUUUUCCCCUGGCCU